UCAACAAAAUUGUUCCAAAAGAAGAAUACUAUAAAUUUUUAUAAUUUUUUCUUUCAAAAUUUUUGGCAAGCAAAGAUGUCUAAAAAUUUGGGAAGUUACUUUCGGACUGUAGUACGAAAUGCUUAUACUACUUUAAAGUACAAAAUGUGGAUGAAAUACCUGCGCAGAAAUAGAAUAACUUUUGAGGACUUGGUGGAAUGCUUGAACUUUGAAACUCAAUUAAAUCAAUCUGAUUCACUGAAUUGGAAUGAAGUUGAAGAUCAUGUAGAUAAUUUCUUCAACUUCAAAAUGACGCAACGCGACCGAUUAGAAACUUUUCCUAGCACAUAUGGAAAGAAAAGUAAGCCAAAGAGCACAAAAAAGAUGUCAUUUGCAAAUAGUAAGAAUGAGUCGAAAAAACAGCCUCUUUGUAUACGCAAGAAAAUAAAAGGUAUAAACAAACCUGAUCCAAUUACUCCAUUUAAGAUGAUACUGCCAAAUAGUAAAUUCGAGUCUUCCAACAAUACUAAACAGAGCGUUAAACCUGAAAACACGGAAAAGAAAAUAUUAGCAAAUAGGAAGAAGAGCAAAGAAAAGAAGUCACUGACAGGUGGUAAAUUUGAUUCUUCCAAAAUUAGUAAACGGAGCAAUAAACCUAAAAGCACGGAAAAAAAAUUAUUAGCGAAUAGAAAGAAUAACAGUGAGAAGAAGUCACUGCCAAAUGGAGAAUUCGAUUCUGCUAAAGUUAGUAAACGAAGCAUUAAACCUAAAAGCACGGAAAAAAAAUCCUUAGCAAACAAAAAGAAAACAAGUGACAAGAAGUCACUACCAGAUGACAAAUUCAAUUCUCCCAAAAUUACUAAACGGAGUAAUAAACUUAAAAGCAUUGAAAAGAAGUCCUUAGCAAACAGAAAGAAAAACGCAGAGAAGAGAUCAAUUUUCACGCGAAAUAAAACAAAAAGUGUCAACAGAUUUAAAGUUAAUGAUGAAUUGGGAAUAGUUCCUUAUCAUGAUUCAUUGAAUAUCAUCAACAGGCAUGAUAAGAUACGUAAAUCUAAGAAUAAGAAGAUUAAGGCAAAAUUUUUCAAAAAGAAAGGGAAAAGAAAGUUACCACUAUUCGCACGUAAGAAUCUGAAAGGUGUCAAUAAUCGCGAAUUCAUUACAAGACCUUCACUUGCUAAGGCCCUUAAAGAAAUUGGUGAAACUACUAAGAAUUUCUUUAAUGCUCCCAACGAGCGAACGCUAUAUGAACUCAAAGAUUACAAGGAAUUUUUAAUUAAACUGAAUAAAGCUUGUAAAGCUAAAGAUACUAUUCAAAAUCGAAAAGAUAAUAAUAUUGCUACGACACCUCGACGUGCUUAUGAACGCAAAGGUCCAAAAGCGACGCCGAAGGGUAAAAAAACAGAUUUUGAAGUUCAAAAAUUCGAAAAUCCAAAAGGGGUUAAAAAGAAAGAUGACAUGAAAAAUUCACCACAGAAAAAUAAAGAGAGGGUCUUAAAAAGAGGAUUUAAGCGUCAUCAUUGCACUGAAGAUUUCAAUGCAGUCAGAGUUGAUUGUCUAAGUGAUAACAAAUCUGAAAACCUAAGUUUGGCAAAUAGCCUAAAACGUCGUCGUGUCAGCAGUACUAUCAAGAUACCAUGGCCGCGAUAUGGUAUUCCUACUUUUCAGCUUGAACAACUGCUUUGAAGCACUACAAUAGAAUAGUAAGUAUCACUAAUAAAGAGAUCAUGUAUUCAUAUUUAAUCAUAAAUUAAAAAAAUUCUAUAAUCCUUUUCUUUAUUAUAUUUUCUAACAAAAAAUUUUUG